CAGAGUUUAAACUUCGGUCAUUGCGGGCGAUUUUAACCAAUUUUAACUCACAAUCUUGCAGGUUUUCACUGGCAGUAUUCCCGACGAAAUAAAAUGCUCUUUUGAAAGAAGCUGUUUCAACGUUAUGGGACAAAGUCAAGAGAAACUUUCUACUGUAAAAGGGUAUUCGAACAAUGGCUGCUCAAAAGAGGUAUACAAUAAAAGCACAACCGCUGCGAGUUGUUUGAAAAGUCGAGAUCAGGUUAAUACUCCAAGAAAACAUCGUGUUACAUUCGAGAGAGGAAGUUCUUUAAAUGAAAACGAAGAAAGAAAAAUACCACAUAAUAUUCCUCAGCGGACCACAAAUGUCCAUCAAAGACAAUGGCGUCAAUCCAUUGAUGAAUUUCAUCCAAAAUUUUCAGGAACGUAUCAAAGAGGUUUGCGUUCUGGCAUUGGAAGAAAUGAUGAAACUCAAAGAAGAAAUAUUGAUUCUAUAAACACUAAUGGAUUUAACGAAGAACUCGUCGAAUGUUCUGUUUAUGAUGUUCCUUCUUUACCUGUAAAUACUCAAAAAACUUUAGCUCAAGUACAUUCAAAAAGUCCAUGUGGAGCUUUAUCAUCGUUUUCAACGACCAGGCAAGAGGAGGACAAACGUUUUUCAUCAGAUCAAAGUUUCUGGUCAAGUGAUUACUCAACAAGUGCUGGAGGAAAUAGCGAGAGAAGUAAUGAUAGUGGGGACCUGGGAAACCUUAAUAAUAUUGAACAGAUGUAUUUAAACCCUCGUCAUCCAGGAAAGCAAUAUUUUGCGAUGCAAAGACGAUCUGAAAGAGAUGUUGUUAGAAGAGAAAGCGAAACGCUUCAACAAAGGUUGCGUGAACGUCUAAGUUUUUUCCACAGCGAACAUGCUUCUAUUUCUAAAAAUAAAACUGAUAUAAAUAGUCUGCCAGAGCACAUCCUUCUGCACGUAUUUUCAUUUUUGUCGACAAAGUAUCUUUGUCUGGCGUCGGGAGUGUGUAGAAGAUGGCGUGCUUCAUGUUGGGAUCCACAGCUUUGGAAAACUAUGAAGCUGUCGAAAUACUCCAAAAGCAACGUUGACAAAGUUGUUUACAAUAUUCUUUCUAGAUUGGCUAUGAGCACUCAAGGCCUGUGUCUAACACUUCAGUAUAUACGAAUUGUUCAAUGUGAGUGUCUAUCUGACAGAGGUCUCAGUUACAUUGCAAAAUAUUGCAUUGAUUUGCAAAAGCUUGAAAUCUUAGCAUGCCCAUGUGUCAUGAAUCACGGUAUUCAAAAUAUCUUAGAAAAUUGCUUACGUUUGACUUGGUUGGAUGUACGUGGCUGCUUGAGUAUCAGUAGCGUUUGUGAUAGCACGAUUACAAACAUUCAGUCUCAUAAUGACGUUUGUUUUUCUCUUACUUACCUGGAUAUCAGUGAUUGUGUUUCUGUCGAUGAUUUAGGUCUUAGGACAUUGAGUUUUACUUGUAAACUCCUCGAAACACUUCAUAUGAGACGUUGUCUCCGUAUAACUGACGUGGGCAUGCAACAUGUUGCAAAUAAUUGUAACUCGUUACGCGAACUGAGCAUCAGUGAUUGUCAUAAAGUGAGAGAUUUCAGUUUGAAGGAAAUCUCUAGAUAUUGUUCGGCUUUGAGGUAUCUCAGUUUAAUGAGAUGCUCGGUAACAGACACUGGUAUUAAAUUAAUUGCGAAGGGCUGUUGCAACUUACGUUAUUUGAACGUACGAGGUUGUACUGGUGUUACUGAUGUUGGUGUUGUAUAUGUCGCUCAAAAUUGCCUUAAACUGAGAUCUUUGGAUGUUGGAAAAUGCGAGAUAACUAAUACUACAUUGAGUGCCUUAGGAAUUCAUUGUCCACAGCUGAAACGUUUGAGUAUCAAAGGCUGUCGUCAUCUUACAGAUGUCGGAAUACGUUCUGUUGUUGCGCAAUGCUGUUUACUACAUUAUCUGAAUGUUGAAGACUGUAGUAUAACGCUGGAUACGUAUGAUUUUAUACAGGAACAUUGCAAGAAUUGUGUCAUAGAACACACAUCUCUAGAUAUAUAAAUUAUAAAACAUACCUCUCUUGAUAUAUAUAGCGUUUGUUUUUGAUCAUGAAAAGGUAUAUAAUUUUAUCAUAAAUGUAUUUUAAUAAAUGAAAACAAUUAGCAAUAUUUAUGCAAUGUAGCAGCUUGGACAAAAUAUCGAAGAUCAACAAAAAUUGGUCACUAUAGUAUAACAAACAUGUGCAGUACCGAAUAAAACCUUUUCCACUUUUCAUUUUA